AUGCAGGUUGCUUUGCUUAGAGCUACUGCGUGCUUGCAGCCGCAGGGGCAUCAGGGGCGGGGCACGACAGAGCAGAAGGGGUUGCAGCAGCAAACACGAGAGGAAAAUCGCUAUGCAGCAUUAGAAGCCGAAUUGCUGCAGCUGCUCCGCCGUUCCCGGUUGCAACUGGAGAACCUCGAGCACAAGCACGACACUGAUACUACACUUGGCACCAAGGACCACCGGAGCGGCAGGAAUGGCGGUAUUUUGCCAUCUGGGGAGUGCUCCAUCAAGUCAGCUGCUUCCUGGGCGAGUCUUCUGCAGAACGUGCACACACUCUCCAUGCUGCAACAGCAGCUGCAGCAGGAGCUGAAGCGACAGCAACAACAACAGCGCGAGGCAUCAGCUCCAGCAGCCGCUGCUGCAGCAAUAGCAGCUUUUAUCCAGGAGAUGCAGGAUCGUUGCGAUGGCAGCAGCAAGUGCAACAGCGGCACGAAAGAAGCGUUGGUGAUGUUGCUUCCAAAGAAGCGGGUGUAUUGGCAGCAACAGCAACAGCAUCGACAGCUGCUGCUGCAGCUAGUGGAUCAAGUGCUUGCGGAUCUUGAACUCUGGGCUGGAGAAGCUCCAAGCGACGAUGAAGCAGCAGCACCACCUAUACCAGUACAGGCAGCAGUAGCGGUGCAUCCCGGAGGCCGGCAGCAGCUGUCUACCGAAGAAAGACGUCGGAACCUGCCGCUGGAAGAGGGUACGAAGAGAGAAGUGUUUCUACAGCGGAGCUUCAAAUCCAUGGGAACAGGAGUAGGUGCUGGUACUGCCCGCGCUGCAACACCACCAGCAUGCCUCGACGACACCCACGUAGGGGAGCAUCUUCUUGACACUGCCAGUGAAAUGAAGCAGGGCGCUUUGAUGUUUAGAGAGAGAUUACAGAGAGACAAUAUUCUGCUGCAACGAACGGCAGCGACUCAGGAGGCUUUGCAACAGCAGCAGAGACGGGGUCUAGAUGCAGCUAAGAAGCUGCUACGCUUCUCCUUCUUCUCUUCGCUUAUGCCUUUAGUCCAGUUAGCCAUUGCUCUGGCCAUCACUCUAGCCAUGGUUUCAUUUAUCCUCAUCACUCCUGGCUAG